AUGAAGUUCACCAACGCCGUCGUCGCCUUCAACGUCGCCGCGCUGACCAACGCGCUGGCCAUCUCCCCCCGCCAGAACAACCUGCAAACCUUCACGGGCGCCAUUGGCGGCGUAUCGGCUACUCCCGUUCUCAACUCGGGCAAUGCCAAUCGCCCAUUUAGCGUCGGAGGCGAUACGUUUGUGAAUGCUGCGGCAGCCCUAGCGCGAUCUUGCGACCAGCAGUUCAAUGGUUGCGCCAACUUGGCGAACGGUGGGGAUGACAAUGUUUCCGUAGCACAGUGCGCGACACAGAAGAGUGAAUGA